GUAUCCAAGACAGCUGCGCUGCAGCAGUACAGGCAGAGCCAGGAACGCCUCGAGACCAUGAUCAAGAGCAACAACACAAUCGACGACGUCGGGGCCCACGAGGAGAUGAUGAAACUGUUCACGUCCGAGGGCCUGAAAGCCAUCCUCGGAAUGAAGGGGAUCACGCCAGGAGAUCUGUCGCCGCCCCAGAACGCCUUCAACGACAACGAGUUCGUCGCCGUGCCUGGGUCGCAGAUGGCCAUCGACCUCGCCGAGAAGGACCCGAAGGUGCUCAAGAUGCAGGCCGAGGAGCAGAUGUGGGAGCACGUCAAGUCGCUCGGCUUCGUCUUCAAGACGAACGCGAAGGGCGGGAAUGCCAUCGCCUCGCGCUGGCAACGAGUGGUGGACAAGGAGGGCAGCAAGGAGAACGUGGAGUACAAGGCGCUGAAGGGCAACAGCAUCGAGCAAGAGGCCUACAGGGCCUCCUGGGCGAGGGAGAAGUACCAGGAGUUCGUCAAGAGACGCGAGAAGGUCACGACCUUCUCGCGAACCGAGUACAAGAAUGGCCAGUACCUGGCCAUCGGGCGCGUCGCCCAUCUCGAGGGCGGAGGGCGUCUUGGCUGGUUGCAGGCGAUUAAGAUCUUCUGCAAGACGAUGGCGAUGGGGCCGCCGUGGAUCGCCUACGAUGAGCUCAGCGAGUCCCUGAGGACUCUCUACAUCAUCCGCGGCACGAAGGAGGCUUUCACGGAGGCCUGGACGAAGCAUGAGGUCUGGAGCAACGAGCCCGAGCUGACAGGUGAGGAGAGCCAGAAGCGCACGGCGGGCGCAGCCGCGAUGCCCGAGCUCGAGGCCAAGAGGAGGAAGACUGAGCAGGAGGAGGCCGCUGCUGCUGAGGAUGCCACGCUGAAGUACCCCACGGAGGACGACGAGACGAUCGCGCCCAAGGCGGCUGAGGAGGCAUCCACCGCGAAGGAGGCAGCGGCGGCCGCGAAGAAAGCCAAGAAAGUGGUGACCAAGUAUACGUUGUCAAUGUCGAAUGCGCACACCAUCAAGGCGUCCAUCGUGGAGGGCGACCAGCAGUGGGCGUGGGCAAAGGACGACACUGACGCAGCGGCUCUGCUGAAGGCCAUGGACACGAUGAAGGAGAAGCUCUCGCAGGACCAUCAGUUGAGCUCAGCGCUGACUCGCGACCUCCCCAUGGUGCGCAGGAUGAUCAAAGACGAGUUGGUCUUCGCGAAGACCCUGGAGUCGGUGGAGAGCCUCGAGCCGCUCAUCGAGACGAUCUCGCAGCACGUUCGGAGCCUCCUGCAGGUGCACGAGACCAAGAACAAGAAGAUCUCAUCCUGA